AUUGGACACAAAGUAACCCUCUCGCUUCCGGGGGGAGGGAGGAGAGAGACGGAGGAAGGCAGCCGGGCGUUCCUGCGAUCGCCGCACAAAGGCAGGCGAAGAACACCCCCCCAACUCCCCGGGCUUGCUUUCCGUGCCAUCUCCUUAAUUCGGACCGCCGCUCCCUUAAUUCGGAUUCAGGCCCUUAAUUCGGAUCGCCGCUCCCUUAAUUCGGAUCCUGGAUUCGGAUCGACUUGGAAGCGGGUUUUGUUUUGUUUUUUUGGUGGGAGAGCAAGGGAAGGGGCUCCUUGGCUGCUCAGAAAGUUCACCCUCUCUGAAGCAGCUCCCGGUCUCCUUGUGUCUUCACAUGCCCCCCACGAUCGCCCCCGGAGGCCUGCCCGGGGAUGAGGCGGGGGUCUCCCGGGCUCCCCCUCGCGCCCCAGACCCCCGGGUGGGCUAGCCAAGCCAAGGCAGAGCCCGAUCCGCCGCCGCCCCCGUUCUCUUUCAGGGUCGCCGCUUGACCCCCGCUUAGUCCUUCUCCAUGGUGCAGAUCCUGGCCCUGGUGUGGCGGAGGCUGCUUCGGAAGCGCUGGGUCCUGGGGGUCGUCUUCGGGCUGUCCCUCAUCUAUUUCCUCAGCAGCACCUUCAAGCAGGAAGAGCGAGCCGUACGAGAUCGGAAUCUCCUCCAGGUGCAGGACGAGGAUCACCCGAUCGCGUGGAAAGUGCAGUUCAACUCCGGGAAUGGCAGCCAGCCCAGUAACCAGUGCCGGAACUCUGUCCAGGGGAAGCUGCUGAUCACAGAUGAACUGGGUUACAUCUGUGAAAGGAAGGACUUGCUGAUGAACGGCUGCUGCGAUGUCAAAGCCCCCAGUGCAAAGCUCUACAGCUGCGAGAGCUGCUUGCCCAACGGAUGCUGCAGCAUCUACGAAGCCUGCGUUUCCUGCUGUUUGCAGCCCAACAAGCAACGGCUCCUGGAGCACUUUCUAAAUCGAGCUGCAGUUGCCUUCCGGAACCUCUUCAUGGCUGUGGAAGAUCACUUUGAGUUGUGCUUGGCCAAGUGCAGGACCUCCUCGCAGAGCGUGCAGCACGAGAACACCUACCGCAACCCCAUUGCGAAAUACUGCUAUGGGGAGUACCCUCCGGACCUCCUGCCAGUGUGAUAGCGGCAAGGGGACUGUGGCAGCAAGGAGAGAGAGACCAGAGGCAUUAGCCAUUGUGGAACGGGGACAUUUGUGAGGACGCUCGGACACCUGCCUUUGUGCUUCGGCACCUGACUUAGCCUUUCAGGAAAGAGCCUCUUUCAUCCGCCUGUCGCUGCCUCCCUGCAGUUCGAAAAUGGGAUGAGGGCAGUGAGAGACCCUCCGUCGGCUGUCGCCAAAGGACUGUGUUCAGACGCGGCAUCGUGGCUACAGUCAGUCCUGCCCCCAUUUUCAGAUACGAACAUAAUAGAAGUUGUCUCUCUCCCC